AUGGGCGACGCCGUUUCACUAGCAGCUAACAUAUCUGGGAUCAUCGGCCUAGGCGAUGUCGUCUUCCGGAGAGGCAAGGAGCUGUACGAGCUCUGCAGCAGAUGCAAAAAUGCCCCGGCGUCGAAAGCCUCUCUCCUCGCAGAGGUAUCGGCAUCGACGUCGAUAGUGGCACAGUCCCGCAUCUUCCUCGACGAAUAUCAUAAUUCGACCCUAUUUCAAGAAUCCGGCAGCUCAUUAUCCGAAAUCAGGACCAUCCUGACUCUCUUGGGACAGGAAUUCAACAUACUAUGCGACAUCAUGCGCGAGUCCCAAGCCUCUGCGCUUGACACCUGGUUUGGUCCGCUCACCAGGACCUUUCGAUGGGCCGUUGCGGAGCAGACCGUCGCUCAAUCCUGUGACCGUCUGCACCGGCUGACCUCUUCGAUGAUCGCCGCGUUGUCAGUACAUGGGAGACGAAACGACAUAGUUGUCAGCCGAGAGCUCAACAUCACCAAGGUUGAGGUCAUCAAGCUGGUUGAAGCAACUCACGACAUUCAACUGGCGAUGCAGUCUUUCGCCAUUUCUCCGCCGCCGGGCAGACCACUGGGCACCGUCGCCCGAACUGCGCCAAAGAGAUUUGGGAGGCAGACCCGCGCUGGAAAAAGGACAUCAUGCCGCAAGUCUGAACGCCUGCAAAUGGUGAAUUCGAGACUAGACCAUCCCCGCGAGGACUUCCGUGUUACAUACAAAGCGGGAUGUGCCACAACCUACACGAAGCUACCGCAUGAUGCGUCCUUGGGCACAACCGAGAUAAUCGAUGUCUUUGAACGCGAAGACAGUAGCAUUGUAUUUACCAACCCGGUCCAGCGCGAUGUCUCAAGGUCUUUGAUUCUCAUGAGACAAGCGCUGGCAGACAUGCUUGAUCAUGGAAUGGCCACAGGAACCAUCAGGAUACCGAAUCACAACACGCAUUUCAUCAGCGAAAUCUUCGACGACGUCCUGGCGCAAGGCCUCCUUUCGUCAGCGGACAGACUUCAGGCAGAAUCAGAACAGUAUCGGAGUGCCGGCCUUCGAUUGAGCGUCGGGCGUGGGUGUUUGCCGUUGUCAGAGGUCAUGCCGAUCACUUCUCCUUGGUUGAUGGAGCACACCGCUAUACCAAGAAAGAACCGAAUAUCACCGGGGCGAGCAACCAGCCAGCCGCCUAGUACGGUGACCGGUCUCAACUACUUCUUCGACUUCCAGAGCAUCGGAAGAAAGUCUCCCCUGGGUCAAUUGGACGUCCAGCUGGUUCAAGGCGGUUCUGGAUGUUGGUCUGAACUCCUUGGCAGCGCGUUCGCUUUUGCUCCAAAUCCCGAGUCGUCGCAACCCAAACUGAAGUUCUCGUUUCUCUCCCAUCGGCUCAUUGGCCAAUCGGAGAAAUGGGCUUCUAUGCUGCCGGCCGUGUCUCUCAUGAGAGUGGUCACUGGCGACGAGCCUCCCCGAGUGGUUUUGCAGUAUAUCAAACUGCGGACGAAAGAGGGGAACAUCUUUCGGGAGAUACCCGAAGGUUGGGACGAAUUUGUGGGGCUCCGAAUAAACCCGGCAGAACCACUCCCGAGCAAUCACCCGGCUGUUGCGGUCUCGUCACUUUCGAAACAGCUCUCAGAUCUGCCUCACGGUGUGGAUGUUGUCAUUGGCCACGUCGUGGACGAUGUUAUUAACAGUCUGUAUAGCAUGAAGUUUCUCCUCGAGGUCCCUUCUCUUUCCCAGGGUUCUGUACUGUUACGUAAAAAACGGUACAAAUUCAUUACAACAGACGUUACAGUCACUUAG